AGUUAACCAAACACACAAAUAAUAAAACUGAAACUACUCCCCCUUUCUUUCUCUCUCUCUCUCUAGCUUGUCAUGUUCCCUGGUUGGAAGUGGGUAGCUCUGUAAAUGUGUUGCAUAACGUUAUUUUUUUCCUUCCUUUUUUUCUCAUCACAUGAAUGAUUGAUCCAACUUUUUAUCAAAAACAAAUACUGGCUUGUUCUCUUUUUUUUUGUGUGGUGUCAGACCUUAAAGCUUAAAUCCACCCCACAAAAAAUUAUCAAAAAAAUUAGCUGUUACAUUUUAUUGAUAUACAAAUAUUGAACAUAAAUUUUGGGGAAAAAUUAAAUAAUUGAAGGGUUUUAAUUGAAAAUAGUGUUUGGUGGAGAGAAUGAAUGGAUUUUCAAAUCUUGAAGAUGAUGAGUGCUCUGACUUCGUUGAAGUUGAUCCAACUGGAAGAUAUGGCAGAUACAAUGAAAUCCUUGGGAAAGGAGCUUCAAAGAUAGUUUAUAGAGCAUUUGAUGAAUAUGAAGGGAUUGAAGUUGCUUGGAAUCAAGUAAAACUUUAUGAUUUUCUUCAAAGUCCAGAAGAUCUGGAAAGGCUGUAUUGUGAGAUUCAUUUACUUAAAACAUUGAAACACAAGAAUAUUAUGAAGUUCUACACUUCCUGGGUUGAUACCGCUAAGAGAAAUAUCAACUUUGUUACUGAAAUGUUCACUUCUGGCACUUUAAGACAGUAUAGGCUAAAGCAUAGGAGAGUAAACAUCAGGGCAGUGAAGCACUGGUGUAGGCAGAUCUUAAAAGGGUUACUCUAUCUUCAUAGCCAUGACCCACCAGUGAUCCACAGAGAUCUUAAGUGUGAUAAUAUCUUUGUUAAUGGUAAUCAAGGGGAAGUGAAGAUUGGUGACCUUGGUUUAGCUGCAAUCCUCAGGAAGUCUCAUGCUGCUCAUUGUGUCGGAACACCCGAGUUUAUGGCCCCGGAAGUAUACGAAGAGGAGUACAAUGAAUUGGUUGACAUUUACUCGUUUGGGAUGUGCAUACUGGAAAUGGUGACUUUCGAGUAUCCCUAUAGUGAAUGUUCUAAUCCUGCUCAAAUCUACAAAAAAGUCAUCUCUGGUAAAAAGCCUGAUGCCUUGUACAAAGUGAAAGAUCCAGAGGUGCGGCAAUUUAUUGAGAAAUGUCUGGCAACUGUGUCAUCAAGGCUCUCAGCAAGAGAACUUUUAAAUGACCCAUUUCUCCAAAUUGAUGGUUAUGACGAUGAUUCGAGACCAACUGAUUGCCAAAGUGAAUUCGAUGAUCUUGGUACUUUUAUGAGACAGCCAUUCCUUGAACAUUAUAACAGUGACAGCUCCUAUCUUAAUGGAUACUCCAAUGGUGUUGAUGUGGAAUCCUAUGAAUGGGGAUAUCAUCCAAGUGAGAUAGAAAGCUCUGGUAUUGACUUAUUUGAACACCAUGAAGAUGACCCUUCUCCAGGUGUCGACAUAACUAUUAAAGGAAAGAGAAGGGAAGAUGGCAGCAUCUUUCUACGACUUAGAAUAGCUGAUAAAGAAGGACGUAUCAGGAAUAUAUACUUUCCUUUUGAUAUAGAAUUGGAUACAGCUUUAAGCGUAGCAACUGAAAUGGUUGCUGAACUUGAAAUUACUGAUCAAGAUGUAACCAGCAUUGCGGAUAUGAUUGAUGGGGAAAUAGCCGCUUUGGUACCUGGGUGGAAGAAAGGUCCAGGAUAUGAAGAAACUCCGUGCAUUUCUGAUAUGCAAUUAUGUCAAAAUUGCGCUUCUACCCAAACCUCAAUUGGUUCCUUGAUGGAUUUUUUGUCAAGCAACCCAGGCGCUUUCAACCCAGCAUUUUUACAGUGUCCUAAUGGUUGUGCUGCUGCUAUUCAUGGUAGGUUUGAAGAGAUCACAUUUCAAGUUGAAGGGUCUGAGCAUCAUGAACCGGAAACAGAAGCGGAAGCGGAAGCUUCAACACUACCCACUUCGUGCCAAACUAAUGGUGGUGAAACAUGGGAUCAUUGUGAAAGUGUUGAAUGUAGCUCCCUCGGCUCUGGAGGAAUUCAUUCGGAUGAAGAGCAUGAUAAAUCAGGUUUGGCAAAGGAUGAUUCAGAGAAUAGUGUAGAAAACCAAAACCAAAACCAAAAUGGUUGUGAGAAUGAAGUUCAGUGGGAAUUCAGAUGGCUGAAAGCAAAAUACCAAAUGGAGAUGAGAGAAGUAAAAGAUCAUCAGCUUGGGAUUUCAUCAACACCUCGUUCCUAUCAUGGAGAUGAAGAUCGAGCAGAGGACAGAUUCUCACAAUCUUUACACCUUAACAUAUUAUUAGAACAUGAAAGAAGAAUAUUGCAAUCGGAGUCUGACAUCAAUUCAUCAAAUAUUGAAGAGAGCUGCCCCAUUUCAAGAAUCCAAAGGGUUCGGAAUUGUGAGGCGAUGGAAGGUCCUUAUAUCACACAGAAUUUGGCUACUACAAAGAAUUAUACUGGUUCACUCUUACCCAGUGCUAUUCACAGGACUACAUCACUUCCUGUUGAUGCUGUUUAUAUAUAAUAAUAAAUUCUGUCAGCUGUUUAUAUCCAUUCUUUUUUUUAUCAACUUCGAUACCAUUGUAGAUCGACCCCUGUAUAACCAUAUCAAUAUCCCCAUUUUUGCUAAGAAAUUGGGUUCAGUUGUGGUAGCUAUGCCUAUGUAUGAGAUAUUUAGUCGAUUUUUUCGAGAGA